UCAAUUCCAAGUCAAGUCUAGUUCGAUUUACUGAUUUACUAUUAGGAAUUGAACUCAGUUCUCAUAAAAAUGGCAAGUCUGGCAUUUUAAACAGCAGUGAAAGGCUUGAAACUCUCUUAAUUUUAAACCCCAUUUAUUUCCAGCUUUAUUUAAUUAAAAUGAUAUCCAUUAUUGUCUAUAACAACCGUCACCAUUUUACUUCAUUUUACUGCCUAUUUAAUUAUUUACUUCAAAUUAUUCCAUUUCUAUUGAUUAUCAAUUUAAUUCCAAAUGGUUCUUUGGCAGCCUUAACAUGCUUUGAUUGUGUAGGCAGGGAUUGUAUGGGAUCUAAAUGUAAAGGCGACUAUUGUAUGAUUUCUCGUUAUGAGCCUCGAUGGGGAACGUCAGUAUGGGGCGAACCAGUGAUAGUAAAAGGCUGUUUAGGCGGUAAAAUGAUAAGAAGUGAUCUUCGUUCGCACUGUGAAGUUGUUGGCGAUGGAGAAGGGGAAGAGGAGCUUUCUGCAGACAAACCAUUCGCAUGUUUCUGCAAAAAUCGAGAUUAUUGCAAUAAAAAUAGUGUUGCUGAAAAGCUCGAAACAGAAAAAGUGCCAUUAUACACAUGUGUUUGUAAGGGCGAUCAUUGUAGAGACAAAACAAAGUGUGUCGGUGAAUUAUGCACUUAUGUAGUCAAUCACAAGACAGGUGUAACCGAGCAGGGUUGCGUGAAUGCAUCUGUGCCGUUAAUUGAACGAAGAAGUGCUGGGGCAUGCACUAUUCCACCAAUAACGGGAGCUAUGCAUCGCUCAGUAUCUAAACUACCUGAUGAACUGUUGUACACUGAAUCUUGUGUGUGUGAGGGCAAGAACUGCAAUGCUAAGAAGCCAAAAAUUCGAGUGCCAGAACGUUCCAGAUGCGAAGCAAUGGUACACGUUGAUGUAAUGGGGCAUAAUAUGACUAGCAAAAGUAAUGCCAAAUGCACAGGGGAAUUUUGUUUUAAAGUGGAAAUUCGGUCAGAAAUUGGGAAUAUGAAAGAAUAUAGAUCGAUGGGCUGUGCUUCAUUUGUUGAUAAAUCUGUACUUCCAGAAGAGUUAUCACCUACUGGAUGUGCUAGCUUUUCUUCAGAAAAGCUAUUUGUUGAAGCUUGUUUUAGGGUAAAAAAAUUUUUUUCAGUAAGACCUCAUUAUAGGAGACCUAAUUAUAAGACCCCUUGGGGCAGAAAAAAACUGCCUUAUAAUGAGGUCUAUUAAAUAGAGGGUAUCCUCUAAUAGCUCCCACAAUCUAGUGGACUACCAAUCUUUUCCGGUCUCGAACAGAAAAAGACCAGAUGUCCGAAUAGGAAAAAUGCGAGAAAUCUGACUUCUUGGCCUUUCAAAAUUAUCAAAGAAUUUUAGCCCUUGGCUCUAUAAAGCAAGAAAUAUGGCUUAGUAUCUAAUAAACUGGCGUUGCCUCUCAUAAAUUAUUUCUUAGUCCCUCCCCGUCACCGAAAUAUUUCCACUACUACAUGGAUACAAAGUUCGGUUCCUGUUCGGGAUGUCCACAGAUUCCACAAGAACUUC